UGUCUGUAUACACCUUGGCAGCGGUAAUGUGUCAGCUUUGUUUUGCUGCUCGGCAUUCGCGUGUGUUUACAUUUCUACGUGCGCUGUGCAUGCAGUUUUUGUGAGGUGUUUCGCACUCUCCCCAACGAUGGCUAGCGUAAGUUCGGCCAGCUUUGUCCCGAUAAAAACCAAAGCUUCGGCUGCGCUUAAGGAAAAGGCGGACGAAGCGUUCAAGGUGACGGUAUUCGAGCCGAAGAAGGCGGCACUACAGAAAAAGCGAACGGCACAAUCGACCCGACCAAAGGCACCACCGAAGAAGAAAGAGGCAGACAGCGAGAAGCCCAAAUCCGAUGCAGAGGACGACGAUGAGGAUGAUUUAGAUGACAUAUUUUCCGAUCUACCGCGUAGAAAGCCCAAACGUAAGGAAGAUCCAACUGAGUUCGAUAUGUCGAAAGCCCGGCGAGACAUCAUAAACUUUGGCUUCACCGGGUUCGACAAGGAGAGCAAGCACGAGGCCAGCGUGCGGUUGGCCAUUAAGCUGGGGGCAAAACCACCUAAAAAUCAGUACCGAAACUAUCGCGAACUGUUGGAGGAGAAGAAAGCGGUCAAAGAACAGGACGGUGAUACGGCGGCAAAGAGACGGCACGGCCAUAUGGCGUACGGGGCGGUCCAAUCGUACAACAAAUACCAUCAGCGGCAGCGCGAAAAGCAACGCAAUCCAACCUCAAUCAUGAAGCAUUACGGCAAAGCGAAGCCCCGGAUAGGGAACAAAUAAAUAAGAAUUGUACUGAA